AAAGGGCACUCUCUCAAGGCCGUUUCCCGCAAACGCUGUAAGGGACAGGGGAAACCACCACCUCAGCGCGCCCUCCCUCGGGCGCCCGUUUGCCAGACGCGCCCAAGUCCCUACUGCGCAGCCGCAAGGGUAACCGAAACUGUUUUGUGCCUCGCGUCGUUGCAGCCGCUUCCGCGUCCCGACUCCGGGUCUGUGCCGUCGCUGGGCCUCGCCGCGUCGUGACCGUCCGCGGCUCCUCUCCCUCCUCCUUUCUUUCGGCACCAUGUCUGCGAAAGGCUAUAUUGCAGUGCACACUGAAGAUGAUGACAACACUGUAAUAAUUGAUGAUUCAGAAAUGGAAGAUACAAACAAUGGACCUGAAACACAAGGUUGUCUGUCAAUGGAAAAAAACACUCAAGGAAAGUGUGGUGGUCGCCAUGUAACUCAUCUUACAUAUGGUGAUGAAGAUUUAUUGGAUAUAGAGGAGCAAGCUGAAUCACAGGUAAAUCUUUCAACAAGUGGGCCAAGGCUCAGUCGCAAUCCAGAACAAAUGGAAUUAGUUUAUUUACGUAAAAGGCGCCAACUUGCAUCCUCUCUAACGGGGAUGAGAGCCAAAGAGCCUGAAUAUGAAGAUGGAGAUGUUAUUUAUGAAUACGACCCUGAUUAUGAAUGUGGAAGUGUUGUAUCUGAAGCUUCAUGUGCAGGAGAUCAGCAGAAAACUCUUAUGGAAGUCCUUAAUUAUUGUCAGGCCAUGUAUGAUGCCAUUCUGAAACUGGAUGAGAAGUUUGAGAGCCUUCAUCGCAAGGUCUCAGAAAUUCAACACACCCGGUUAAAGCCUUUACUUUUAAAACCAAGGCCACUUGGGUUUACGUACAGAAGUCCUAGAACUCUCUCACAUGGAAAAAUCAGAAUCCAGAAGGCAACAGAAAGAAGGCCAAGUCAGAUCUUACCCCCUGGGCGUGGAUGUCAGGGCCAACCCAUGAAGGUUAAGCUACAAAGAGCUCCUAUUUUGACCAGAUCUGCAGUCAAGCCAGUUCCACACACCCUUCAACCUGAAUCACAGCCCCCUGCGCACAGGCAGAGUCCACCACUUCCUACAAUUGUUUCCACCCGUUCACUGUGUUCCCCAUUCAACAUGGCUAGUGACAUGCCUGAUAUUCCUUCACAAACCAAUCUAGCAACCUUAGUCAACGAAAGCUCUGUUUCUGUGGCAUCUUUGGCAAUAGCCUCACCUGUGGUGUCAUCAGUAGCAUCUACACCACCGGCAACUAGUUUGGAGAGAAACAAUAGGACAGUGACUUAUAAAACUUCGUCUGGAAGUAGAAGUAUUUGUAAUGAGCCACCCUCGUCAUCUUCUGUUUCUGCCAGUUCAGCUGUUGCCUCUAGUUGUUUACUGUAUACACCAGUUACAGCUAAUAAGAUGCCUGACCUUCCUUCACAAGCUAGUCUUUCAGCUACAGCAGUUGAUAGUCCAGCUCCGGUAGAAUCUUCAGCUGUACCCCCACCAGUGAUAUUACCUGAAACCAGUUUGGAGAGGAAAAAAAUGCUGGUAACUUACAGAACUUCAACCGGUGGUACAGAUAUUAGUAAUGAGGUACCCUCCUCUUCUUCUUCUAUGAGUCAUAAUUUUGAGUUUAUUGGUGAUCCAAAGCGGAAUGUGAAGGUCCUUGGCAACUAUUUGAUGAAAGCGUGGCAAAAGACUGUGCCAAAGUAUGCUGCACGCUACUUGGUCCGGGUUUUAUUCCCAAAAGAAACAUUGCUAUGCAGUGUUAUGGGUACAAGAGCUCGAGGACGCAGGACACUAGACCCAAACACGGUCGCUGCAAUCAGAGAAUUUCUUGCUGUUUCUUUCCCAAGUUAUGAUCUAAGUGAGCAUGGGAAAGACUGGAAAACCUGUAUUACAAAUGUGAAUGCAAUGAUCCGCUCCUUACGUUAUGAAAGCAAAACAAGUCCAAUCACUGAGGGAAAAGAGAAAGCUCCUGAAGCUCCAGACACAUCCAUGUGUGUAGAUUUAAUUGAUAUUGAGGAAGAGAGUGACAUCAAUUCUCAAACCAGUUCAAUAUCAAACCAGCUUCAAAAUUCAACAGGGGAUAAUAAUCUCCAUCACGCACCUUCUUCCAGUGAACCGCCUUCUUUAGAGCCAAUGGCACACCUUGGGAACCCAUCAAGGAAUGUCCAGUUGCCCUUUUCAGUUAUUUAUGCAGCCAAGGGAAAAACUCGGCCAGAACUUUCAGCACGCUACCUGAUACGUCAUCUGUUCACAGAGAAUAUCCUGAUAAAAAGCAAUGUGUAUGGCAAUCUGGACCGUGGCACACAUCCACUGGACUGUAACAAAAUAAAUGCUCUUAGAGACUUUCUGCAAGAGACUUACCCAUCUUUUGAGCUGAAGGAAACUGGAUCUGACUGGAAAGCAUGUGUUGCAGCUAUAAACAGCACAAUUCGCAGCCUGAGAUUUGACCAUAAAAAGGCCUCAGCUGGAGUCCAAAGCAAAGUAUCAGCUAAACCACCUCCACUGUCAUGAAGUUCAAAACAUUCCCUGUGAAACCCUGUCACAGUAUAACAAUAUAAAAGCAACUUUCUAGUCUGUCAGCCAUAACUGUCUCAGAUGUAGACUCUGCUACAGUCACAGUGGACUUUUUUCAAGAUGUGGUAAACUAGUUUAUUUUCAGUAGCUGUCAACUGAAGAGUUUUAGUAUUCUUAACAAGAUGAAAUUUAGUAGAUCAGAGUAAGAAUUUGGUUUCUAUCUUGUGUCAGUGAUGCUUCUGUCUGCUGUAGAGGAUGACAGGCAUUGAGGAAACUCAUUCUCGAUGCACGGUGUCUUCUGCUGAGAAAUGCUAUUCCUAAGAGAAAUUACAUGCAAAUGGUGUGUGUAUGUUAGUUACACUGGAGAUGGUUUACAAGGUAGAAUACAGUGGUACUUUGGUUCUCAAACGCCUUGGUUCUCAAAUGCCAAAAACCCAGAAGUAAGUGUUCCGGUUUUCUAACUUUUUUGGAAGCUGAAGGUCCGUUGCGGCUGUCGGCUAUUGUUUUCGGGGCGCCUAUACCAAUCAGAAGCUGUGCCUUCGUUUUCGAACAUUUUGGAAGUCAAACAGACUUCCAGAAUGGAUUAUGUUUGGUUAAUUUGUUUUUGUGACUGUGUGGAACCCAGUUCAGCUACUGAUUGAGUGACUGCAGAAAUGGAUAAAAGCCCCCCAUCCAAACAAUGACUAUCAUCAGUGCAGGUAAGAAGUUUUUUUUUAAUCAUCUACAAUACUGUCUUAUUUCUUUUAUAGUACAGUACACUGAUUAUUGACCCAGGUGGCGCUGUGGUUAAACCACUGAGCCUAGGGCUUGCUGAUCAGAAGGUCGGCGGUUCGAAUCCCUGUGAUGGGGUGAGCUCCCGUUGCUUGGUCCCAGCUCCUGCCAACCUAGCAGUUCGAAAGCACGUCAAAAUGCAAGUAGAUAAAUAGGAACCGCUACAGCAGGAAGGUAAACGGCGUUUCCGUGUGCUGCUCUGGUUUGCCAGAAGCGGCUUUGUCAUGCUGGCCACAUGACCUGGAAGCUAUACGCUGGCUCCCUCGGCCAAUAAUGCGAGAUGAGCGUGCAACCCCAGAGUCGGUCACGACUGAACCUAAUGGUCAGGGGUCCCUUUACCUUUACCUUUACACUGAUUAUUGCUUUCAUUUUAUGGAUCAAUGGUCUCGUUAGUAAAAUUCAUGUUAAAUUGCUGGUUUAGAGGUUUUUAAAAGUCUAGAACGGAUUAUUAUUAUUAUUAUUAUUAUUAUUAUUAUUAUUAUUAUUUAUACCCCGCCCAUCUGGCUGGGCUUCCCCAGCCACUCUGGGUGGCUUCCAACAAAAUAUUAAAAUACAAUGGUCUGUUAAACAUUAAAAGCUUCCCUAAACAGGGCUGCCUUCAGAUGUCUUCUAAAAGUCUAGUAGUUGUUUUUCUCUUUGACAUCUGGUGGGAGGGCAUUCCACAGGGCGGGUGCCACUACUGAGAAGGCCCUCUGCCUGGUUCCCUGUAACUUGGCUUCCUGCAGUGAGGGAACCGCAAGAAGGCCCUCAGCGCUGGACCUCAGUGUCUGGGCAGAACGAUGGGGGUGGAGACGCUCCUUCAGGUAUACUGGACCGAGGCCAUUUAGGGCUUUAAAGGUCAGCACCAACACUUUGAAUUGUGCUCAGAAAUGUACGUACUGGAUUAAUCCAUUUUGCAUUACUUUCUAUGGGAAACCGUGCCUUGGUUUUGGAACGCUUUGGUUUUGAAUGGACUUCCAGAACGGAUUGAGUUUGAGAACCAAGGUACCACUGUAAUGGAAGCCCAAGGAGGAGCACAAAGUGGCUGUUUUCCUGAGUUUUUGAAGGAAUACAAGUUCUCUGUGGGUUAAUUCCUUGUGCAUCUAUACCAGGGUGGUUAGACUUCUUUCUGAUGUGUAAAUUUUUCACAUGGGGUAUAAUUUUAAUUUGGGAGCACUUUCAAUAGAUAGUGAAAUGUUGUACAAUAUCAGAAAGUGAAUCAUGCAGUUGAUGCAGGGUCUGCCUAAACAGUGUUGAGUCUGAGGGAGUGGUAGCAGAUAUCCACAACUGAAUAAAGGACCAAAAAAUGCUAACUUCUUUUUCCUGGUACCAAAACUGGUUUGCAUCUUUUCCCUCACCCUUUCCCUUCACCAGUCAUGAACUGGCAGGGCGACGGGGAGAAGGAAGAGGAUCCCAGAAAGGGGUGUAGCUGGGAUGGGGACACCCUGGGGCAAGCAGGGGGUGGGGAAAGAAGUAUUCACAGGGUGAUGGAGGGGAUGGGGGUCAGUGCACAGGAACCAGCAGGGGAACCCCUGUCUCCAUGAACACAGUGGGCUCUGAGUGGGAGUGGGACUUUAGGAGGCUGAGGUAGGCAAGGGCCCAUAGCUCACUAGCUGGCCAGGUAGAGGUUGCUAGCUCUGGGAGGAAGUGUAUGAUUUCUCAGCUGGAGUAGGCUUGGAACAGGUGAGGGUCGCAUGCGUCAUCAAGCCCAGAUGCUGCAAUCAGCAUGCAAAGUACAAAAGUGAAGCAGAGCUGAAGUGCUGUGUCUGCUCAGCAGCCCAUGUUGCUGGGCCUUGGAUGUUCCUGGAUGUCUACAGGACUGUGCUUUGGGUUUGACUCUGGACUGUAUCCUGGCUGCUGGACUUCAGACUUGACUACUUGGAUUGACAUCUGGACUGUGUUUCCUGACUUUUGGAUUUUGGACUUUGCUUGACCCCAGGACUUUGGACUUAACACACUGACUUGCUGCCAGGUAGGCCAGGGGUUCAGGACAUCACCUCACAUUUGAAUAUGAUGUAAGGAUGAUAGCUAGGCACAUAUUUUUGAUAAAGUAGAACAUUUUUAUUGUGGGUUUCAGUUCUCGUUUAGAAUAGGUUUUGUCUGACAUUUCUGCAUAAAUAAUCUGAAAUAUUUAUUAUAAACUAUAAAUGAGUUUUCUUCCUCUUUGUCUAAUGUAACUCCAAGGUAUUGCUUUCCAAGUUACAAUCACCUGUCCCUAUCUUUUUCCUUUUUGUUGUUUACAUUUAACACCUGGUAGUUUUAUUUCAUCAUAUUAUACAAACCAGCUCAGUUGAAUGUGUACAAUCUUUUAUAGUUUUUGGGAUUAUUUGGAGAAGUUUAUAUUUCAGUUUGCUGCUUAAGGCCUAAACUCAUAGUUGCAUUUACAGCCUCAGCUGUGCACCUAAUUUUGCUGCAAUAGCCUUCACAUGUGAAGCUCUUCUAUUUAUUUAGUUAUUUCAGACACUAGAUCUGAAAUUCCUAGAGGCCUAUUGCCCCCAUCCGGAGGUCAGCCACAUGGCUCUAGUGCUGGUUUUUAGAGUGCGUCCAUUAAAAUGCCCUUUAUAUAUUUACAGUUCUUUAUCCCAAUUUGCAAGCUUCAUGUUCUACCUGAAAAUACAAUGGUGGGGCUGGGAAUCUGAGUUAUGAUCAAUGGCCAUGUCCCUGCCCAUCCAGUUCUAGUUGAAACUGAGGAAGCCAAGCCCUUCAGAAUUCCCCUUUUCAGAUUAAAAUAAUUGGUCUCCAAUGCAUUGUGACAACAUUAUACAAUCAUUGGUCCUUAUGUGACAUUUAAUACAGUGCAAGAUGAUGUACAGGCAACUCUCCAUUUACAUAGGGGUUAUAUUCUGGGACUCUACAUUUAAGUGAAAUCGUGUCUAUUGAGAACAGCAUUGAAAAAGCCUGCAAACAUCCUCUAAAGCUCUGGAAACCCUUGAAAAACCCUUUUAAAAACCAGCAGCACUUACCAAAUCCGCCAAACUCAACCACAAUCUCUCCUUCCAAACUUCCUUUACCUUCAAUUUUGACCAAGAUUAUCCUUAGCUGGAAUCUCAAAACAUUUCCAGCUUGCUAUGAUGUUACAAGGACAUUGAGACAUAUAAUGUAUAUAAAACAGUAUCCUGGUAAACCCAUUGUUUAAUGUGCUAAUGCAUUAUCCAGUAACAAGAUGACAAAAUUAUUUUUUCCCCUGAGCAGGAUAAGGGUUAAGGGUUUGGGUUAGUCCCCCCCAAAAUAUAUGGGACCAUUUCUGUCCCAUCCCCCCGCCUUCCAUUUCUGAAUGAUGUGCCUGAGUCCAUGUAUUUGUAAAAAGUAGCCUAUAAGACCAUUUGUGUGUGUACAAAUAUGUAUUUGGGAGGUAGGUAUCACUGGAAAGUAUACAAUAUUGCUAUAGCAGAAUUGUCAUCAAUCUUAAAAACUCAUGAUAGUAAAACAGCCUCAGCUGGAGAGCAGAAGAAUCUACCGGUGGUAUUCCCAAGCUCUACUAUAGUAAAACUGUACAAAAGAAACGCACCCUGAUAGUAAUCAUUCCCAGUUCUGCUAUAACCAAGGCAACUGUAACUCUAUUUUAAAAUAAAUUGUAUUGGCAGACAAAAACAGUUGGCUGUUAAGUAAGUACCUGUCUGGUCUGGGGAAACUAGGUGAGGUUUAAUCCUGAGGAUAGUGAAUUAGACUUUUGACUGGCUUAGUGGACAGAAAGUCUUGAUCAUUCAUUGGACAGAAUAGGUAGUCUGAUGAAGGCAGGGAAAUACUAUGCCUGUCAAAUCAGAUUGAAGGAUAGGCUGGCUGAGACAUAAAUAGACCUAUUCUACUACUGUUGGGAAGCAGACCAGAGAUUAGAUGAGAGGAUGACAAAAGAGAGGGAGCUUGGAGGAGGGGGUGGUGGAGAAGUACCGAGCGGGAAGCCUGGAGCAGCUGGAAGAAGUUAUCCGGCUGGAGAUACUGUCUGCCAGUACUAUUUUUCUAGAAAAAGAGGUGCCAGAACUCACCAUGAACUCCUCACUUGUUCUUAUAAUGGCAGUGGUGCCCACCUGAGAGGUGACGGAGCUGUGUUCCGGCAAGUUCCAGCUGAAAAAAAGCCCUGUUGUCUGCACCCAAAUCUGCUGAAUUGUCUGCUAAAUCAUUAGCGGUGAGGUCAUAUAAGGGGAUUAAAUAGUAAUUUAAAUUUGCAGUUUGGUUUUGGCCCUCCCAUGUUUACUUCAGCAUCCAAUCACUGUGAUUGGAGUGCACUGGAAAAUAAUUCAGAGUGACUUAAAGCUAGACCUGUCUGUCAAAACACAUGAUUUCCAACCCCCUCCCCAAACCUUUCUACCUGUACCAUCUCCUCCCUAUCCCUUCCUCUCUAAAACUCUGGAUAUUUCCCAAUGAGCUUGAUUUCAUUUCUCAGAAUAGAAAAAGAGGGAGAGAAAAAUGGUUUAGCUUUAUGGAAAAACUGAGUCAACAGAGUGACUUGGAAGGUUAGGCACUUUUUGAGAGCAUGGUCAAUGGCAUGAACUAACUCAGUAAUGUGAAAGACUGCCAUGAAUCACAUCAAUUCAUAUUAUACAGUAUAGAAUACACACACAGCCGACGCACAUCCGCUACAUUUACUAAAUGGUGUCUAAAAGAAUAGUUUAAAAAGAAAUCUGAAUUUAAAACAAACUAGCACGAUCAAGUCUUAAUCUCUUAAAACUGAGUCGGGACCAAACAUUGAGCUAAAAGCAGUUUUUCUUCAUAGAAAAGGACCAUUGGGGGAAAUAGUUGACUUCUGCCGUUAAGGCUUGAAAGUGACACAAUAAGUCAUAUAUUGAAUUUAUUAUUAUGGACUUCCUACCAGAGCCAGGGAUUAGUAAAUCAUCAUAGGUGUUAAGAGACAGAACAAGCUAUCUUGUAUAUCACCAGGAUCAGCCACAGAACCCAUGUGGAUAAUCUUAAAUCUGCUUUAUGCCCCUCUAACAACCCAGGCUCUGUAGUGUAGUUACAGCAGGAUGUCUCUUAGCAAAUAUGUGCCUUUUAUUCUGAAACCGUGAAAAAGAAGCAAAGAAGCUGAUCGCACAAAAACCAAGCCCAGGGUGCUAAUGAAGUCCAAAACAGCACCAAAACCACUAUCUGUAAGUUUCCUAUCUCAGAGGAAUCUUUUUAAAAUUUUGGGAUGAAAAGCAAAGUGGAAUCUUUGAUAACUGGGACACUAAGAAGAAAAUGAAGGAAGGGGGAGGAUUUCCAAUGAAAGUCAAGCCACUGGGAUUUAAAUGCACUAUGCAGCCAUUAUAAGCCAGAUGCCUGAGCUGCUUGCCUUCAGAAAUUUGAUUUUAAUCCAGAAGGUUUUACAGGUGUAAAAUUAACCUCAGGAGGCUUUUAGUAUUGUUCUUCAACAGCACAGCAGAACAAAACAUAUGGUGCAUGAGAAGGGAAAAUACAGAAAGCUUUGGGGCCUCAAUCCAGCGCCAGUAUAUUUAUUAAAACUUACCACUGUUCAGAGUUAAGGCUGCUUGAAUCUGUCAAUUUCAGUUUUUCUCGGUUUUCCAAGCUUAAAUUCAGUUCACUAUAUUUCCUGCCUCCGUUGGUUUAAAAAAAAAAACUUCACAUCAGCAUUUUAGGGCACAUUUCUCUUGAUAUAUUUGUUUACAUAGGCAUUUUUACCUAAUACACUUUUUUAAUUACUCCAUUAUGUAUUUUAUAUGUAGUAAUAAUAAUAAUUAAUAAUACCCCGCCCAUGGGCAGCUUCCAGCAGAAUAUAAAAAAUAAUAAAAUGUCAAGCAUUAAAAACUGGGCAUUUUUAUUUACACCUUCCCCAAAUACGGUAUGUGCAUUUGGUGUUGAAUGAUAGGUCCUUCAGCUAAUGUUUCAAGAGGUGUGAAUUAGGAAGAGUCACUUUUAAAAUAUGAAAUGAACUUAAUAUCUCUACCAUUCCUGCCAGGGAGUUGUUGCGGCUACUCCCGAGUAAAGACGCUCCAGUCCGUUGUGUCUUUAAAGGUUUUAUUGUGCAUACUAUUUACAGUGCAGAGAUAGCAGAAAACAUGACCUCCUGGUCACUCUCAAAAUCCAGCAAUGGCGCCCGUCUGCUUUGGGGCCAGCAUAAUAACCUGGGCACCCCGAAACGCUGCCUCUUAGCCCUGCGUUUGGGCGCAUGCCUCAAUUCAGGCGCCGGAAGGAGCGGUGCCUCUUCUUCCCUUUGCUGGCUGGAGCCGUGUCUGGGCUCCGACGCGUCCCUGAGCCGUCUCUCCUCCACUUGUUGGCCAGAGUGGUGCAGGGGCUCUGAUGCCUCGCUGAGCCCUUCCUCCACCGUCUGUUCCCCAGAGCGUUAUGUCUCACUGAGCCUUCCCUCCUCCAAUCCGCUUCCCCCUGACCCGCUGCUAGCGCUGUUGCUGGGCGAAGUGCUGGUCAGGAUGAUGGGGGGAGGCUCCCUGUAGGGAGUCCCCCUGACAAUUCCUGUGCAGGGUUAUGGCGCAAUAUUCCUGUAUUCCUUUUGUGAAGGUGAGAUCUAUGAAAAUAAAGGUACAAAGCAAGUUUGUAUCACAUCAUUAUUGUGGUAUUCCACAAAUCUAAAAAUUAAGCACAUUUUCCAGGCCUAAAAAGGCCAGUUUCUAUCAGAAUAGCUUUAAACUUGGCUGAAAAGAAACAUGUUUUAACAAAGUGACUGCUGAUACAGGUACAUCCUUUUCUGUGGUGGCUCCCUGAUUGUGGUCUGCUCUCCCCAGAGAGGCUCACCUGGCACCAUAAUUAUAGAAUCAUAGAGUUGGAAGAGACCACAAGGGCCAUCCAGUCCAACCCAGGAAACACCAUCAAAGCAUUCUUGACAUAUGCCUGUCAAGCCUCUGCUUAAAGACCUCCAAAGAAGGAGACUCCACCACACUCCUUGGUAGCAAAUUCCACUG